CCGAGCCACAUCACUGCUCUCACCUAAACCUGCCCUUUCCUACUUCCUUCCGCGUCGCAACUCUCAACCCCAACUCCGUUUCAUUAUAAACACUCACAAACCCUUAAACAAAUCAUUUUCCCGUUUCAAUCAUUACAUCUCCUUGCAGGGUAAUAUAUUUCAUCAAUUCUUUGUAAUCAUCUGCAAAACCAACUCUGAAACGAGGGAGGAAUCUAAACAUGGUAGAAACAAGGCGCACCUCAUCUUCUUCGAAACGCACACUCUCAUCACCAUGUUCUUCUCCGCGCUCUACAGGCAAAAGAUCUAAGGCUGCGGAAGGGGCAUCGUCGUCUACUACAAGCUUACUUGAAGAGCCAAUUGAUGCAGUGGCGAAGGAAUCAGGCGUGUGUGAGUCUCAAGAACAGGAGGUCCGGUCGGCUGAUCCGACUAAGAAAGAGAUCGAUGCAUGUGGUGACGUUGUGCUUACUAAUAUUCUAGAUGAAAAGUCUCCAGUUAUGCAAGUGGAUGGCGAACCGUUGGUGUCACCUAUGUCUUUAGGGGAUUCUGUGAUCGACUCAGAGAUGACUGAGACCAAUGGUGGUUCAACGGUGUUAAAUCGCUCCAAGAAAAGACAGUCAAAACCUAAUGUUGGGGUUGCAUGGGGGAAGCUUCUUUCCCAAUCCUCUAAGAUUCCUCAUAUUGUUAUGGAUCGUUCUCUAUUCACUGUUGGUCAAGGCCGCCAAUGUGACUUAUGCAUUGGUGAUCAAUCCAUCAGUAAAUCAUUGUGUAGCCUUCGACACAUAGAGUCAGAGCGAGGAGGUUCGUCCAUUACUUUACUUGAAAUCACGGGUGACAAAGGCGCUGUCAAAGUCAAUGGCAAAAUUUAUCCUAAAAAGUCAACUGUUCCACUUAAAGCAGGAGAUGAGGUGAUCUUCAGUUCAUCAGGAAGGCAUGCUUAUAUAUUUCAGAAGCAAUUGAAUGAUGCUAUGCCUGCAAGUGUGACACCUUCACUGAGUAUUCUAGAAGCACAUAACAGUUCACUUAAGGGACUGCAGCUUGAGGAAAGAUCUAGAGACCCAUCUGAUGUUGCAGGAGCAUCAGUAUUAGCAUCUUUGUCAAGCAUCCAGAAAGAGUUAUCACUUCUCCCGCCACUUGGCAAGGGUUUGCAAUCUGGAAUGCCACCUGUACCAUCUCCAGAUGGGAGAGGUAGUGAAUUUAGUGAGAAAGCUGUUGUACAUGAUCCGGUUGAUGCAGAAGUGGGAAAGGUCCCUGAGGCAGGUCAUGAAUUAAGGCCAUUACUGAGGAUGCUUGCAGGAUCAUCGGCUCGUGAGAUUGAAAUUUCAAAAUUUGUUGAUGCGCAAAGGGAAAUCAGACAACUUUUUAAGGAUAUUGAUAUUCCAAUCUCGUUAUCAGCACGUCGUCGAGCCUAUAAGGACAGAUUAAAAAAACAUAUUCUUGAUCCUAAUACGAUUGAGGUUUCGUUUGACAAUUUUCCGUAUUACUUAAGUGAAACCACAAAAAGUGUGUUGAUUGCUUCAACAUAUAUACAUUUGAAGUGUAAUCAGUUUGUGAAGUACACCUCAAAUUUACCUACCGUAUGCCCCAGAAUACUAUUAUCUGGCCCAACUGGUUCAGAAAUAUACCAAGAAACAUUAACAAAGGCUCUUGCCAAACAUUUUGGUGCCCGAUUGCUCGUAGUUGAAUCUCUUUCAUUACCUGGUGGAUUAUCAGCAGCUAAGGAAACUGACACGCCGCUGAAAGAGAGCACAAGGGCAGAAAGGGCAAGUUUUUUCACAAAAAGAGUUUCACGUGCAGGUGUUAUACAUUCUAAAAAACCAACAUCAAGUGUUGAAGGUGAUAUAGUAGGUGGAUCCUUUACAGGUUCUCUUGCUCUGCCAAAGCAAGAGGCAUCCACCGCAACAUCAAAAAAUUACACUUUUAAAGAAGGUGAUAGAGUUAAAUAUGUGGGUCCCUUGUCAUCUGGAUUUUCUCCUCUACAAGCUCCCGUGAGGGGUCCUGCAUAUGGUUAUAAGGGAAAAGUGCUUCUUGCAUUUGUUGAAAAUGGGCAUUCCAAGAUUGGUGUUAGAUUUGAUAAAAAAAUUCCAGAAGGCAAUGAUCUUGGAGGCAUUUGUGAAGAAGAUCAUGGUUUUUUCUGUGCUGCUGAAUUUCUUCGCCUUGAUUCUUCGAGCUCAGAUGACAUUGAGAAGCUUGCAAUUAGUGAACUUAUUGAGGUUGCUAUAAAAGAAAGUAGAAUCAAUCCAUUGGUAAUAUUUGUAAAAGAUAUAGAAAAGUCAAUGCUUGGAAACCCUGAUGCCUAUGCUUCUUUUAAAAGUAAGCUUGAGAAAUUGCCUGGGAAUGUGGUUGUCAUUGCUUCACAUGCUCAAAUGGACAACCUGAAAGAGAAAACUCAUUCUGGUGGAUUAGUGUUUACAAAAUUUGGGAACAAUCAGACUACAUUACUUGACCUGGCUUUCCCGGAUAGUUUUGGUAGACUAAAUGAUAAAAGCAAAGAAAGCCCAAAAGCCUUGAAGCAAGUCACUCGUCUUUUUCCGAACAAAGUCACCAUACAGACGCCUCAGGAUGAAACAUUACUUUCAGACUGGAAGCAACAGUUAGACCGAGAUACAGAGACCUUGAAAUCACAGUCAAACAUUAUCAGCAUUCAAACAGUUUUGAAUCGAGUAGGUCUUGGUUGCUCAGAUCUUGAAGCAACCUGCAUAAAAGAUCAAGCCUUGACAAAUGAAAAUGCUGAAAAGGUUGUUGGAUGGGCGCUUAGUCAUCACUUUAUGACAAGUUCUAAAUCUUUUGCUAAAGACACCAAAGUCGUGAUUUCUAGUGAAAGCAUCAAGUAUGGGCUCGACAUAUUGCAAGGUACUCUUAAUGAGAGUAAAAGUUCAAAGAAGACACUAAAGGAUGUGGCUACUGAAAAUGAAUUUGAGAAGAGACUCCUAUCUGAAGUUAUUCCUCCAAAUGAUAUUGGUGUUAGUUUUGAUGAUAUUGGAGCUUUAGAAACAGUGAAGGAUACUUUAAAAGAAUUGGUGAUGCUACCUCUCCAAAGGCCUGAAUUAUUUUGUAAAGGACAAUUAACAAAGCCUUGCAAAGGAAUUUUGCUUUUUGGGCCACCUGGCACUGGUAAAACAAUGCUAGCAAAAGCUAUUGCAACUGAGGCAGGUGCAAAUUUUAUCAACAUAUCAAUGUCAAGCAUUUCUUCAAAGUGGUUUGGUGAAGGGGAGAAGUAUGUGAAAGCGGUUUUCAGUCUUGCGAGUAAAAUAGCUCCCAGUAUUGUGUUUGUGGAUGAGGUGGACAGCAUGUUGGGUAGAAGGGAAAAUCCAGGUGAACAUGAAGCAAUGCGGAAAAUGAAAAAUGAGUUUAUGGUGAAUUGGGAUGGAUUGCGCACAAAGGACAGAGAGCGUGUACUUGUACUUGGUGCCACCAACAGGCCUUUUGAUCUUGAUGAGGCUGUAAUUAGGAGACUACCUAGGAGGUUGAUGGUGAAUUUACCGGAUGCCGCAAACAGAGAGAAGAUUCUAAGAGUGAUUUUGGCAAAAGAGGAAUUGGGACCAGAUAUUGAUCUUCAAGCCGUGGCAAAUAUGACAGAUGGCUACUCGGGGAGUGAUUUGAAGAAUCUUUGUGUGGCAGCUGCACAUUAUCCAAUAAGAGAAAUUUUGGAAAAGGAAAAGAAGGAGAAGGCUGCGGCAUUGGCAGAAAACAGAGUGUUACCUCCUUUGCAUAGCAGUGCAGAUGUUCGGCCUAUAAAUUUGGAUGAUUUUAAAAGUGCCCAUCAACAGGUAUGUGCAAGUGUAUCCUCGGAGUCGGCAAAUAUGAAUGAGCUGCUACAAUGGAACGAACUGUAUGGAGAAGGUGGAUCCAGGAAGAAGAAACUCCUCAGCUAUUUCAUGUGAAGUCAACCAAACCGAGUGUAUAGCAACAGAAUCGUCUUUACUUUGUUUGACCAAGAG